UAUCAUUCAUACCGCACAGGCGCCUUUGAAAUUGAACCAAAAUCAAUGUCUGUGAAGUUAGUCGUUAAAGGUCUACUAUUAUUGUAGUCAAAUGUAUAUAUGUCUAUAAUAAAUAUUAUUUUCACUUGAUUACAGAAAAUUGCUUAUUUAUUGCACGGAAAUAUUAACAGAAAUGUUAUUGCAUAUUACGUACGCCUCAUACGACAGUAACUAUGCCUUUGAUUCGUAAGAAAGUUGAAUAUGUUAUCGUAGCGCGGUGAAUAUUUACAGUUUCUUGGGUUCGUGCAGUGUAUUUCUCGUAUCUUCAUAAAUGUUUGCUCACCAACUAUAUUCUGUAUUAUAAAGAGAAGGAUAAAGAUAUUCAAUGUGAACAAUUAAGAAACUGUGCAAAUCAAAUGGAACUGCAUGCUGUCCGAUCGUCUUUAGAAGCAACUUUAUACAGACAAAAUAUGUUGAAGAUGAUUUCAGAUGUAAAGUCUCAUACAUUGGACAAAAAGGCUUAUAAGAAAUUAGUGAUAUUUUUAGAGUCUCCGCCAAGUAAGGUAGAUGUUGGUGUUCAAACUAUUAACUCGUGGGCAGAAUUAGAGAAAGUUGAUAAUAUUCAAAGCAUUUGCAUCACGUCCAAUUGUGAGGAACUGUUUCCUGAGGAACAAGAACCACUCCUUAAGGAGGAGGAAGAGGAGGAAGAGGAAGAAGAAGAGGAAGAGUUAGAAGAAGAAGAGGAGGAGGACGACGAGAAGGAAGAAGAAGAGGAAGAAGAAGAGGAAGAAGAAGAAGAAGAAGAAGAAGAAGAAGAAGAAGAAGAAGAAGAAGAGGAAGAAGAAGAAGAAGAGAAAAAGAACGUAAUCAGUAUAAUUGAAGCUCAAAAUGAUAUUGUUAAUCCUUGUAAUUACAAUAAUACAGCUUCACCUACGGUAAAUUCUACCUGUUGUACUGACAUAGAUCAGAGUACAUUUAAAAUUGAAUCAGAUGACGAGAUCAGCACUAAAGUAACAGUUGAUGCAGAAAUAAUGAAAGAAGAAUGUAAAAUGUUUAGUUGUACACAGGAUGAUUCUAGUACUCAAAUGUUGAACAAUCUAUCCAGUAUUAAAAAUGAGGAUGAAAAUUCUCAAGAUUCACUUUUACAACACAUGGAAGACAUGUUUUGUGAUAGUGAUGAUAGCAGUGAUCUCAUGACAUUAAUAGAGAAACAUUCAGGAGUGAGUAAAGCUAACGUGGACAAAGAGAUUAAUAAAAUGUGCUUUGAAUCGGAUUCUCUUUUUCCACUUAAUUCCAAUGGUUCUACUUGCAUACCUGACAGCAAAGAUAGUACAAAGAUUAAUGUUAAAAGCAAUAACGCAAAAUCAUCAAAUAUAAGUACAGGGAAGUAUAGCUUUAGUUAUUACAAAGAGAUGAAAAGUAGAGAAGCUAAUAAAUUGUUGGGAGUGGAAAACGAUACUCCCGAAAGUAAACAGAAACGCAGAGCGAAUAGCAUUUGGUUCGUUGAACGCGUGUAUCAAGUAUCUAAACUAAAAGCAAAAAUGACAGAAUUGUCUUUGAAGAAUUAUAGAAAACACGGGAGAGUAAAAGAAAAAUUUAUUGAACUGUUCGGGGAAUCGGACGAUGAAGAAAUGAUGCCAGAUUCGCCGAUCUGCAUCGAAGAACAUUUAACUGCGUGUAAAGAGAGAAUAGCACCAUGGAUAGUGAAACAUCUAAUGCCAUUUUAUAAAAAGAGAAGAAUAAAAGAUAGGCAACUUUUCAAGGUAGUCGCAAAACACAUAGCUGAUAUGCUUAUAAUUGAAAAUACUUUUCCUGGUUGGUACUCAUUAAUAUCGUGUAAAAAAAUAUUUAAUAAAAGCAGCAUAGUACAGCAUGAAAUAAGUAAUAUUUAUUUUUAUUUUUCAGAGCAAGACUGCGUGAGCAAGUAUAUAGAAACGUAUUUUAAAAAUAAAAAAUUCAUUAGAACUAAACAGGAUGUAUACUUAUAAGUAUAAACUACAUACUCCUAUUUCCUUAAAGGGACAUUUUCUUAAUACAAUUGAGUCAUUAGCGCUGUAACUAUUUAACUUUCGAAAAUUUUAAAGUAGAUUCAGUGUGAAGCAACAUUGUACAUAUUAUUUUCAAGAAGAAAACGCAAUAAAGAAGUAUGUUGAAAUUUGAUUGUCCAAAGGUAUGCAUACAAAAUGAAUACAAUAAAAGUUGAGAAACAGUAAUUAUCUUUCUUAUAAGAAUUUUUUCUUAUGAAUCAUAUAAAAUUGUUGUAUGUUCCACAUAUAUAUAUACAUAUAUAUGUGUAUAUAUAUAUAUAUAUAUAUACUUUAAACAAAGUAGAAACUUUUAAGACUUUUUUUACUAGACAUCGAAGCUUUAAAGUAGUAUGUAAGUCACAGUCUUAAUCUUCCUUUAUGUCUCUUAGUAUUUAUAUUGAUAUACAAUAUUCCUGUGUAUACGUGAGUGUGUAUGCAUGCGCGUUAACGUACACGCUAGUAUAUAUACACUAGUGUAAUUAAGUAUAGUUAAUGAAAACUUUCUUGCAAUACAAACUAUAACUUAAAUAAGAAACAGUAAAAUAGUUUUAAUCUAUGCCCUGUACACAGUCCCUUUGACAAUGAUAAACUUUCAAGAAAUGUUGCUUAUAGCGUAAAUUUAAAGAAUAUGAAAACACAACAUAGAAGUUAUUGAUUUUACUGUUGAAUUCGAUACAAUAAUAUUAUUUCUGUAUCCUAUCGUCAAUAGAACAAGUAUAUAACAAGGAGAUUCAAAACGCCUUAGUUUUAUAUACUUUAUCAUUAUUAAACAAAGAAUUACGUUCAGUAAUGUUCAGAUUUCUUAACACUUCUUCCACGUAGAGAAUAUCAAAUUAUAAACAAUUUUUAAGAGAUUUAUCUCCACUUUUAACCGAAUUAUAUCUUAUUUACCUAUUUGCAAUAGCACUGUUUAUACAUCAAUUUAUAUGCUGCUUACAAGUUGUUCAAUAGUAAUUGCAUAAUUCUGAAAUAUUUUAUUUCUGUUUUAUUCCUCUUUAUCUUACUCUAAAUAUUUUUGAUUUCAAAAUAUAUUUCUACAAUUAUAUAGGAAAUAUAUACAAAAUUUUAGUCAAAUCGUUUAAAAAGAAAGAGCAACGGAAAAUGACUAAUCAUCAUUUCUACUGAACAACUUGUAAAUAAAUAGCUUUCAUCUUAAUAUUUUCUUUUUAAGCCAUACUUUGGAAUUUAUGAAUUUCAUAUUUGCAUAUUAAUUGAACCGUUGUGUCUAAUGUUAUUUUGCAAAAUUUGAAAGUAAUAAAUACCAAGUUAUGUAUCUUUUUACAAGAAGCCAAUAUUACUACAACAUCAUUAAACAAAAGAUAAAGCAAAAAACUUUUAUUACAUUGUUUCAAUGACUGAUGAUGUCGCUUAGAUCCUUCUGAGUAUAUGAUACACAAUGUUUUAAACACAACUAUUUCCAAAGAAACGAAUUUUAAUUUGACAUCACAGCAUUGAAAGCUCGAUUAAAUAUUGCAUAUAAAUACAGAAGGAUCUUUUAAGAUUGUAGAAUCAAUUUUUAACAUAGUCAAGUAUGACUAAAUAUUCAAGGUGGGGAGAAAAGUAUACUUGCAAUGAGUCUUAUUAUAACUUAUGUAUUACGUAUUUUUCCAGGUACGUAGUUCUUGUCUAUUACAGCUUCUUGCAGAAACAUAUGUAAACAUCUUUCAUUCUGUGCUAAUGGAUGUCCUGCUAUUCUAAAAUAAUAUACAAAUUUUUAUUAUCUCAACAAAUUGAAGUCAACAAACAAUCAUUAGUUCUGUGAUUGAGAAGGUUAAAAUGUACGUACUUAUUAACAAAUUCUUCUAACCCUUUCCUUCGAUCUUCAAUAAAAUCUUCUUCGAAAAUACCAUCAUCCCCUCGAAAAGGCAUUUGACGUUUCCAUGCCUU